AGCCGCACGGUCCCCGGCAGCGGGGACGGGCCGGUGACACCCCUCUCCGAGACCCCCCCGGGGCAGCCCCGCCCCGCCGCGGCCGGUGCCGAGCGCGGGCCCGGAGCGGGACGGGCGGCGGGGGGCGCGCAGGGCCCGAGGCUCCCGAUCGCGCUGGGAGGGAGCGGCCCCCCCACGGCCAUGGCGUGGCGUCACCGCGCGUCAUGCGGGGGGCGUGACGUCACGGCAGAGCCCUUGGGCCCCGCCCUCCGGCCGGCAGGGGGCGCUGCGGGGCGGCGGCGGGCGCCAUGGCGGAGCGGGCGGCGCCGGGCGGCCCCGGAGCUCUCCCGGGAGGAGAAGCUGCAGUUGCGGAAGGAGAAGAAGCAGCAAAAGAAGAAGAAGAGGAGCGAGAAGGGGCCGGCGGCCGAGACCCCCGAGCUGGGGACACCAUCCAGCCCAGGGCAGCCGCAGGUGGCCGCUCACCCCACGUCCCCCCCCACCUUGGCCGAUGGCCCCAACGAUGGUGAAAAGCCCACAGGGGGCAAGAGCAAAGCUGAGCUGCGAGCCGAGCGCCGGGCCAAGCAGGAGGCGGAGCGGGCCCAGAAGCAGGCUAAGAAAGCAGAGCUGAGCCAGGCAGCCACGGCAGCCAAGCCCAGGCUGACCCCCACCGAGCCCCAAUCCGUGGUGAAGCGGCUGCCAGAGCAUGUGCAGGUGGAUGACCCUGCUGCCCAGAGGAAACUGGCCAAGAAGCUGGAGCGGCAGCAGGUACCUCUGAGGCAGGACUAUGGCACCAAGGUCAACCUGUUCUCCCACUUGCACCAGUACAGCCGGAAGAAGCCACUGACGCAGCAGAUGAGCAUCCCCUCCACGGUAAUUCACCCGGCUGUGGUGCGCCUGGGCCUCCAGUACUCCCAGGGCAUCAUCAAUGGCUCCAACGCCCGCUGCAUCGCCCUGCUGGAAGUCUUCAAACAGCUGAUCCGGGAUUACUCCACUCCCCCCAACGAGGAGCUGUCGCGGGACCUGGUGGCCAAGCUGAAGCCGCACAUCAGCUUCCUGAACCAGUGCCGGCCCCUCUCAGCCAGCAUGGGCAAUGCCAUUAAGUUCCUCAAGAAGGAGAUUUCGUGCCUGCCUGACACCCUGCGAGAGGAGGAGGCGAAGGAGAAGCUGCAGGACACUAUCGACAAAUAUCUGCGGGAGAAGAUUGUUUUGGCAGCUGAAGCCAUUUCGAGGUCGGCCUUUGAGAAGAUAAAUGACAACGAUGUGAUCCUGGUGUACGGAUGCUCUUCCCUGGUGAACCGCACGCUGUGUGACGCCCACGUGAAGAAGGGCCGGGCUUUCCGUGUGAUCGUGGUGGACAGCCGGCCGCGGCUGGAGGGCCGGGAGACGCUGCGCCGGCUGGUGCGAAAGGGCAUUCACUGCACCUACGUGAUGAUCAACGCCAUUUCCUACGUGCUGCCCGAGGUGUCCAAAGUGCUGCUGGGAGCCCACGCACUCCUGGCCAACGGCUCCGUCAUGUCCCGGGUGGGGACGUCCCAGAUAGCCCUGGUCUCCAAGGCCUACAACGUGCCCGUGCUGGUGUGCUGUGAGACCUACAAGUUUUGUGAGCGAGUGCAGACAGACUCUUUCGUCUCCAACGAGCUGGAUGAUCCCGAUGACCUGAUCGUGCUGCGGAAGGGCCAAGCCCAGCUGGGUGGCUGGGCAGAGAACAAGUCCUUGCGCCUCCUCAACCUGGUCUAUGAUGUGACGCCGCCUGACCUGGUGGAUCUGGUCAUCACGGACUUGGGCAUGAUCCCCUGCACCUCCGUGCCUGUCGUCCUGCGUGUCAAGAACGUGGAUCAGUAGGAGAGCCAGCUGCACGGACCCUAAUAAACCAGGCCCCACAGUA